CGAGGCCGCCGCGCCCGCGCGUUCGCAGCGCCCCCCGGCGCGCGCCGCCCACGGCAGCGCCGCCCGUGGCGGCGCGCGAGCGGCGGGCGAAUGGCCUGAGCGGGACGCCCCGGCCCCCGGCGCCCGCCGCCCGCGAACGGCGGCUGGCGGGCGCCGCGUGCCGCAGCGGAUGCCGGUGGCGUCGGAGUCGCUGGGGACGCGUUCGAGGGCGAGCGGCAGUGCCGCGCCGUCCGAGGCCGAGGACGCGUGCCCUGUGCCGUGCCGCCUGUUCCUCCCCGUGGUACCCGCGGCCCGCGUCAUCGGCAAGGGGGGCGCGAGCCUGAAGGCCAUCCGGGAGAGCAGCAGGGCGGACGUGCGCGUGCUGCAGAAGGAGCUGCCGCGCGAGAUGCAGGCUCGGGAGGACCGCGUGGUGGUCGUCGAGGCCGCGGACGCCGCCGCGGUGAGGGCGGGGAUCAUCGGGGUGCUGGAGCGCGUCUUCGAUCGCUCUGGCCUCCCGGACGGCGUGCGGGCGACCCGCGGCAGCGACCGCCCGCACGUCGUCGAGUUGCUGGUGCCCGAGAAGAGCGGGUCGCAUUUCAUCGGGCAGCGCGGGGAGAGGAUCAAGGGUCUGAUCGAGGAGACCGGCUGCGACAUCUUCAUCGGCAAGGCGAGCGCCGACGUCGCUCCGCGCAUGCGCGGGGAGCGCCUCCGACAGAGGACCCCAUGCCAGGCCUGGCCGACCAGAAGAAGGUCCGCGUCACGGGCGCCUCGGUCGGGGAGGCUGCCGCGGCCGUCUGGAGGCUCCAGGAGGUGCUGGCCGAGCUCGCGGGCGGCGGCGUGCUGCGGCCCGAGCACUUCGAGCUGCGGGAGGGCGCCGCCGGGGGCGGCGCUCCUGGCGGCCCCGCGGCAGGCCCGUUCGGCUCGGCCCCGCCGCGCCCGGGCGGCGGCCCCGGGGCGCGGGAGACGCCGAUCCGCAUGCUGGUCUCGAAGGAGGAGGCCGCCUGGAUCGUCGGGAAGAAGGGCAACAAGAUCAUGAGGCUUCGUGACCAUGCCCGCGUGAACCUGGCCGACGCAGACUCGCCGCCCUUCGACCCUACGG